AUGGGCGCGGCGUGCGCGCGCGCGAUCGACCGCGACGGCGCGCGCGCGGGCGCGCCGUCGACGAAGCGCGCGCCGCCGGGCCCGCACGCGCUGCCGGCGCGAUCGAUCCUGAAAUCGUCGUCGAUCGCGGGCGAAUUGGCGAGCGCGCGCGAUUCGCACUCGACCGGGACGGCGGCGUCGAGCGCGGCGACGACGCCGUGCGGGAGCGAGCGCGAUCUGGAGGGACGGGAGCGAGGAAUGACGCGAAAGGUGUCGCUGGUGAAGUUCGCGGGACUGAGCGACGACGAGGGGGAGGAACACGGGGAGGGAUGGCGGGGACGGCUGUUCGGCGGACGCGCGGUGGCGAGCGGCGGCGGCGGCGGCGGCGGCGAACGGGACGACGACGGCGCGACGACGACGCACGGGAAUGGAUUCGAGAGCGAUUCUUCCGGGCGCGAGGUCGGCGGAGGGACGAUUUACGGGAUGCCGACGCACGAACGACGGGGAAGCUUCACGAGCUCGGUGCCGGUGGUGGAGCACGAGGAGGAGGCGCACUGGUUUCUGUCGAUUGGCGUCGAUACGCGGUUGGCCGCGGCGCGCGUGAUGGAGAGCAGACUCGCGGCGGCGCGCGUGGAGGAAGAGCGGCUGCGUGAGCUCGUGAUCGAGGCGGAAGCGGCGACGCGAGAGGCGGAAGCGGAGGCGCGCGCGAAGAGCGAAGGCGAACACGACGAGCCGCGCGCGGGGUCGAGCGGCGGAGACGGCGGCGAGGACGACGGUGCGGUUGUAUCGACGCCGCCACGCGUGAAGACGGCGACAUUGAUGCCAUGGGAUGUAAUGGUGACCGUCGCGCGAGCUAGAGAAGGCGAUGCGCGCGCUGCGGCGCACAAAGCGACGCUCGUGGUGAAGAAGCUCGCGCACACGGUGGCGCUCUGGGAGCUCAAGUCGACGAAGCGGGCGCAUUCGGAUAUCGGUGAACACUUGACGAAGAUUAAAGAAAAGAAGGGUAGACGACUGGCGUCUGCGACGCGCGCUCGGGCUACGUUUAUAGCCGCCGAAGAGACGCGCGAUCGCGAGUUUGAGAACACGCGAGUGUUGGAAGACAAGCGUCUCGCCGCCGACGUGAACAUGGCGGAGGCUUCGGCGCGAAUCCACGCCGCGCGGACGGCGUUGCAGAACGCGCGCGACCGCAAAAAGGGUAUUUUAACGACGUUUCGUCAAGCCGUGCGAACGUCCAUGGACUCGAGCGUUGAUUUGUUGGAGUUUAGGCAGAAGGAGUUUGCCCUGCGGGCGUCCAACGUCACGAAGACUAUGUUCACCGCGUACGACGAGAUGACGUCAAGGCUCGAAGAGGCGCUCAUGAACGCUAUCGACGCGGUGGGGCGGAAGUCACCGAAGAAGAUCGAUAAAGUGUUCGACAUCGAGGCCGCCGCCGCGCUCACCGCACGCGAUCGCGCCGAAGCCUCGUUAAAUGACGCCACGAGUCAGUGCAUGGCUGAGAUGCGCGCGCUCGAGGCGUCGACGCGUACUUUGCUGGAUGACGUCGAUGAGGAAAUCAAAAACGGCAUAGAGGAGUAUUAUGCUGCCGCGGACGACGAGCGCGUGUGCUAUAUGGAGGCGCAACGAGCGACGAUUGCGUGCAAGAUGGCGCACGCUGCGGUCAAGGUGUACGAAGAGCAAUACAACGCCACGAAGAACAUGUCCGACGAGGCUCACACUUGGGCGAGCUCACUCGACGACGAAAUCGCACAGCUGAACAAAGACUACGCGAUCGCCGAGGAGCGGCAUCUCGAAGCCGCAAAAGUCGUCGACGCAGCGCUGGUCGAAGUUGAAGCCGCAGAGAAGGACGUCUUGUCGACUUCGGCGCCUGACGAGUCGAAUCAAAAGAGCGCGCGACGGCAAAGCGUGCGAAACGUGUUCGAAGUCAUAAAUCGAUUCAGUACAAUGGUGCGUGAUAAAUCGGCGCGAGGCGACAGUGAUACUUUCGCGAGUCUCAAGCAACUCUCGCUUCAAGCUGGCUCGGAUUCGCCGAGAAAUUCCGACGAGCAACAUCGCGUCUCCAUGCUCGGAUUUUCCACAUCGUUCCCCGACGCCGACGCCACGAUGGAGAGCAUCAUGGAAAAGGCGCACGAGCUGGAGCACUCGAGAGACGUGCAGACGCUCACGCGGAAUGUAUCCCGAAGCGCCAUGGCGUAUAAUCCGCUGCAAAAGUGAAGAGAGACCGCAAAAAGUUUGAAUACGAAUACGCAUGUUAUUGACAAGAUUGUAUUAUUCGCCACCUACUUUGGCGUGGGUAUACGAGUAGAUCUGUAGAAAAGAGACCGGUAGGACAUAUUUAUUCAUGUCGGUCAACGUACACGUUGGUUUUGUAAAACAAAAUUUGUUCGAUGAGUCUGGUGCGACGACGAACGGCGGGGGAUUAUUGCCCCAUCGCGACGGAGAAGCCAGUCUUGUAGUGAUGCCCCUUGGACGCCAUACGCAAGCACCCCGUGGCGAUGGCGCCUUCGCAGAGCGUCGUGGUGUAUGUCACGUCCGUGUCACCGUGAUUCGAGUGCACGACACGCAUGGUGUCGCCGGAUUGGAGCGUCUUGCUCACGCCGAGCGCGUAGCUCAACGAAUUGCGUUCUCCGCCCAUCGCGAGCUUGGCUUCCAAACCCGCGGUCGUCUUCGCGUCGAGCUCGCUCGUGACGCCCAAAGCGACGGUAUUCCCACCAUCACUCAACGCCGCGCUCAAAGUCGUCGGUCCAUCUCGUCGCUGGGCCGCGAGCGUCCAGUCGGCCAGACCCCCGCUCGAGGGCGACACCGUCGCCUUGGCCCCGAGCGCGGUGUUAUCAUCGAACGCGUAGCACGCGCUCGCGACGAUAUCACCGCCCGCCAACGCCGAAUCAGCCGUGAUCCCGACGGAAUCGAUCGCGAGCUUCGCCCCGAUCGUCGCGUUCGCGGUAUCGCGCGCCAAUCCCUCCACCGCCACGUCGAGUCCGCUCAGCGCCAAUCCGCUCGCCACCACGUCCGCGCUCAGAUCCCCGUGAUGAUUCGCCUUCGCCACCAACUUCACCCCAUCGAUCGGCAGUUCAAACGUUUGCUUCGCGUCCACCGCGAUCGCUCUCGCCGCGCCGUUCACGUCCACGGUCACGUCCGCGUCCGCGAGCGCCGAAUUCUUCGGUCCCUUCGUCGUCACCUUCGUCGCCCCCACCGCCGCGGGUUCGAGCAAAUCGCGCAGCGCUUCGCCGAGCGCUUCAAAGUACGUCAUUUCGCGUCGGUGCGCGUCGUUUACGAGCGCGCGCGUCGCCGUGUGUCGCGUCGCG